AUGUCAGACAUGAAGGAGGUCUUGGAGAGGCAAGAGCGAGAAAUAAGAGAAAAAAGGUGUAGACGAGCAGCAAGCAAAAGAGCGCAGAGAGAUCUAGAUCAGCAACUUGUCAUGGCUGUGGCCAUGCUUGAUGAAGAAAACCAGAGCAGUCGUGGUUCACAUGAAGGCCGUGCCCCACAAUCUCUGUACUUUGAUAGAAAUUGUGCUGGUGUUUUGGGACUGCUUCCCGAACAAAAGUUCGCAGCUGUUAUACGAAUGUUGGCGUAUGGUGCAUUUGCUGAUCAGGUGGAUGAGAUUGACCGGAUGGGGAAGUCCACUGCCUUGGAGAGUUUGGUUAGAUUUUGUGAUGCAGUCGAAACUUUGUACACCAGGGACUACCUGCGGCGACCCACGCCCAGGGACUUGCAACGAAUUCUGCAGAAAGUUGAAUGGAGAGGAUUUACAGGAAUGAUUGGUUUCGAUGCAUGGGUCUGGCAUGCCUUUUUCGGAGUUGCUGGAUCUCAAAAUGACUUGAACGUUCUGGGUCAAUCUCCGGUGUUCAAUGAUGUUUUGAGAGGAGAAGCCCCAAAAAUCACAUAUGAAGUCAAUAAUACCAUCUACCAAACUGGGUAUUAUCUAGCUGACGAGAUCUACCUGAGGUGGACAACAUUCGUGAAAUCACUUUCGCAUCCCCGAACCCAAAAGCAAAAAUUAUUUGCUACAUAUCAAGAGGGUUACAGAAAGGAUGUGGAGAGGUGCUUUGGUAUCCUCCAAGCUCAGUGGACGAUCAUUAGGGGUGCGACACGUAUGUUUGAUGAGGAGGUGUUGAGGAGCAUCAUCAUGACAUGCAUCAUCCUUCAUAACAUGAUUGUGGAGGAUGAGUAUGAUUACGAAGCUGAAGAGGUGUACGAACCCGAUCCCAUGAACACGGCCUUGACCCGAAUUUAUGAAAAACCAAUAGGGCCAAAUAGAGAACCAGUGGAGCAUGAACCGUUGGUUAGAUAUGGUCUUUUCAUAAACCGUAUGAUUGAUCGAUAUACAGAGAUGCAAUCUUCAUAUAUUCAUGAACGCCGUCAAGUUGACUUAAUGGAGUUUUUAUGGGCGGUGAAAGGCAAGGACGGUGAAUGA